CCUUGUUGAUUCGUUGAAUCGUUUCUCUAAUAUUUUUUUUUUAAUUUGUUUUCCUUUUAUUUGCUUGCCCUAUCUCUCUCCUCUCUCUAUCUCUCAGCUCUUCUGCAACUUGAUCGGUCGUUAUCUCUCAAGUAUUGAUUGCUAUUAGGUAGAAGAAUCCAUGGCGAUUUUUUACGUCGCCUCGCGGCGGCUCCCCGGCGGUACAACUGCGACGGCGCUGCGUUAUGCCACCGCGCUGAGAUCUUAUUCGACCUCGUUUAGGGAGGAGAGGGAUACCUUCGGGCCGAUCCAAGUUCCUUCCGAUAAAUUGUGGGGAGCUCAGACGCAGAGAUCGCUGCAAAACUUCGAAAUCGGUGGUGAGCGCGAGCGAAUGCCUGAACCAAUAGUCCGUGCUUUUGGCGUCUUGAAGAAAUGCGCUGCCAAGGUUAACAUGGAAUAUGGUCUUGAUCCAACCAUUGGGAAAGCUAUUAUGCAAGCUGCUCAGGAAGUAGCUGAGGGAAAGCUCAAUGAUCAUUUCCCCCUUGUUGUAUGGCAAACUGGUAGUGGGACUCAGAGUAAUAUGAAUGCUAAUGAGGUCAUUGCUAAUAGAGCAGCUGAGAUUCUUGGUCGCAAACGUGGUGAAAAAUGUGUGCACCCAAAUGACCAUGUGAAUCGAUCACAGUCUUCUAAUGACACGUUUCCGACUGUCAUGCACAUUGCAGCUGCAACCGAGAUUAAUUCGAGGCUGAUCCCUAGUUUAAAAACUUUGCAUAGCUCUUUGGAAUCUAAGUCCUUUGAAUUCAAAGAUAUUGUGAAAAUUGGAAGAACUCACACUCAAGAUGCUACACCUUUGACAUUAGGACAAGAAUUUGGUGGCUAUGCUACUCAAGUUAAGUAUGGACUUAACAGAGUCACCUGUACUCUACCCCGCCUCUAUCAGCUUGCACAAGGUGGAACUGCGGUUGGGACAGGAUUAAACACGAAGAAAGGGUUUGAUGUAAAGAUAGCUGCUGCAGUAGCUGAAGAAACAAACUUGCCAUUUGUCACUGCCGAAAACAAGUUUGAAGCUCUGGCUGCACACGAUGCUUGUGUUGAAACCAGUGGGUCACUUAACACAAUCGCCACAUCGCUGAUGAAGAUAGCCAAUGAUAUACGUUUUCUUGGAAGUGGCCCAAGAUGUGGUCUUGGUGAACUUGUUUUACCUGAAAAUGAGCCAGGAAGCAGUAUCAUGCCUGGGAAGGUAAAUCCUACACAGUGUGAGGCCUUGACUAUGGUUUGUGCUCAGGUUAUGGGAAACCAUGUAGCUGUGACAGUUGGUGGGUCAAAUGGUCAUUUCGAAUUGAAUGUAUUCAAGCCAGUGAUCGCAAGCGCGCUUUUGCAUUCUGUCAGAUUAAUAGCUGAUGCUUCAGCUUCGUUUGAGAAAAACUGUGUGAGAGGCAUUGAGGCCAACAGAGAAAGGAUCUCAAAGCUAUUGCACGAGUCUCUUAUGCUUGUGACAUCACUGAAUCCGAAAAUUGGCUACGACAAUGCUGCAGCAGUUGCCAAGAAAGCUCACAAAGAAGGAAGUACAUUGAAGGACGCGGCUCUGAAGUUAGGCGUUCUUACUUCAGAAGAGUUUGACACUCUUGUUGUUCCGGAGAAGAUGAUCGGUCCCUCAGAUUGAUGUUGUUUUUGGAGCCAAAGCUUCAAUUACCAUUAUUCUUCUGAUGCUUCUUGAUUUAGGUUAUAAUAAAAAUGAGCAUAUCCUGAAAUAAUUCAAAUUUGAUUGGGAGGGCCGGAGGGGGGAACAUUGUUCUUCAGUGGUUUUUUUUUGUUGAAUAAAGAGAAGAGAAAACUCAGCGAGAAAGAAAAUUGUAUUUCUGAGCUUUUGUUUGCCUUGCCAGCCCCU